CAGAUGGAAUGGGUUUUCGUGAAAUAAAUAGGUACAUUGGCCCUGAUGCGAUCGAAAGGCGGUUUCGGGAUCUCUUACUCAGCGAAGUCUGUUGUGAACGUGGGACAUAAACAAUGGGUACUAAGCAAAAACGGGCAACAACGUCAGCGCAGGCCAUAGUCGCGAAUAACGAUGACAAUGCUGCUGGUGGAGUUGUCGAGGUCAAGGCAAGAGAUUGCGCUGCAUUGACACUCUCAUCCAAAAUCGGUGAUAAGCAGAUAGAAAGCGCCGUCUACUGCGAUUUUGAUCUAGACGUGACUGGCUACGAACAGACUGCCGCUGCCCUCUCGCCUACUGAAGUGGCUGCCGGUGUCCUGAGCUCCAGUCGCACUUCCAUGAACAACUCGACUGAAAAUCUGAGCUAUUCCAGCGACAACUUUUACGGUGACGAUCUCAUCAUAUUGGACGACGACGACCUGGACGCGGAAGAGAUGUCGAUCAACUCAGACGACUGUGUCUACGCCUACCGCGGGGGCGGGGCUGGCUUUGACAUUGACUUGGGGACCGCGACCAUGGGCAGAGGGCGGGAUCACCUAGACUUCGACCUAGGACCCGUCAGUGCUGAACGAGGCGUCGAUGAUGAAACCGAGUUCUUGGAAAUGGACUUUGAACCGGACCCGUCCUCGGAGCUGGAAUUCACCGGAGGAGCUCAGGAUAUGGGCAUAAUGCCGCAGGCCAAUCUGUUGCUGAUGCAGCGCGACUAUAGCCAGAUAAGCGGCAUAUCCUUGGCCACUCCUAUGCAAGGAAGGCAACUGUACAGCUCGCCUAUCGACGAUUUUUUGCAGGAGGAUGUGUUUCAACAGCAGAAGCAGCGCCUUAGCAAGAAGUUCGCUCGUAUAAGCUUGAAUCUGAACCAAAUCAAGGACAGAGACAGUGGAGGAAGUGGCAUUGACAUCGAUUUAGAAGAGCUGAUAGGUGGUGCAGACAAAGUGGAGUCCACUGGGGAUGGACAUUUGGUUGAGUCGGCCCAAGCACACUCGCUGCCAAACGCCUUGUACACCGACUCUAGUUUUGGGCGUAGCAAAACCGUGCCCAGCGAACAUCCGGAGCCCAAAGUGACGGGUGCUAAGCCAAAGCGACUAUCCCAGUCCUCGUCUGUAAUGUCCAAAAGUAGCUCCUCAUCCAAGUCGCGCCGCACUCAGCCCUCGAUCAGUUUCGACGAACGUUGUUACAGUUGCACUGAUUUCCGGGGAACCUCGGUGUCAUCAUGGGAGAAGCAGCAAUCAGGGCUGGGGCAGAGUCAAGCGCCUCCCAUUUUGGUCGCAUCGGCGGCUGUAUUGGCCAUAGCCUCAUCUUCCUCCUGUAUGGCCCAUUUCGACUUAAGCUAUAAUGAGGAAAACUGCCUAGACUGUCUGGAAAAGGAGUUCUUGGCUAACACCAUCGGCAAGUCUCUGGACCAAAGCACGUGCCCCAAGUGCCGAAGGCAAGUGGGAGGGCGAGGCAGUAGCCUUUCGCUCUACGCCUGGGCGGAGCAGACGCGCUGUCGUAGUGGCUCGCCAGGAUACUUUGGUAAUAGCCUGUACGCCGGAUGGCUCGAUUUCUCAGGAGCCGGAACAGUUCCCGACCUCAGUUUGGGUCCAGCCUACAACCAAAAAAUUAUUUCGUGUGAUAAUAAUUUUAACAUCGUACAGCUGCUCAACAAAAGCUUUCCAAGUGAGCCGCUGGUGGCGCGACUGUUUACAGAUAAGACAUGCGAUGAGAAGCACCUAGUGCAGGCGCUGGACAAACUGCACGUGACCUACGACAGGGAGAUACUGCAUAGCUAUUUUAACCUGCUGUCAAAACGGCGGAAGACGGACAGCAGUGUCAAUCUUAAGCAGCUACUUACGCAGGCCUCAAAGCGUCAAGGAAACCACCGCAAGGUCAAACGGCUGAUCGAGCUGGUGACCCACAAGCAGAUAAUCGUGCAAUUUAAGCGGAAAGAUGUAGGCACUACUGAAUUGGUGCCCAUUAAAGUGGCCGACAUACUCGAUGCCUGGAAACGUUAUCGAGAUCUGUCUCUCCUGCGGCAGUUAAAUGCGCGCUUUCAUUGCACGAAUGUGUUGGGAAAAGUUGGCCAUAUUGUGAGGCAGGCAACGGUAGCGGCAUUUACAUCGGCACAGGCUUCGUCGACGCCUUCCUGCAGUCGCGCCCUGCCUGAAGUUCUAAUGAUCCCGCAGUAUUACGAGAGCGGAGAGCUAACUUUGACUCGCAAAUGUUAGGGUGUACUCGCAAACCUUUCUACUUACUCCCACACGAACUCACCCAGAUACACACGCAAGGGUUUACUGGGUCUACACAGACAUGACCCACGUGAGCGGCAAAAACAGUUAACUACGUUUGCAAAAUUCAUAUAGUACCGUUAUCAAUGUAUCUGCCACCUCCACUAAAACAUAACUAGAAACAAUUAUGUACAUGCGUAAGCACAGAAGCAUGCAGUAUCGCACCUCGUACAGGGGCUCACAGCUUAUUUCUCUGAUGCUCAACAUUGUUGUUUAUUCAUUCAAAAAAUACUUAACUUUAUAUAUACAUAUCUAUUUUUUUUAAAUUAAUAACCUAAUUUGAACCAAAUAACUCAUAAAAAUAAUGGUCAUUAAAAAAUGUUAAGUAGAGUUUCAUUACUUUUUGAAUUUAUUCUAUCAAUUUCUUUUUUGAUAAAAUGGUACCCCACUCCCUUACCAGUGCGUUUUUUUGGGUGAUUUUG